CUCUUCCCCCCUCCCUCUUCGCAGGCUGAGUCUGAUGUGGCCUCCUUGAACCGGCGCAUCCAACUGGUGGAAGAGGAGUUGGACCGGGCCCAGGAGCGCCUGGCCACCGCUCUGCAGAAGCUGGAAGAGACGGAGAAGAUGGCAGACGAGAGCGAGAGAGGCAUGAAGGUGAUUGAGAACCGUGCCAUGAAGGACGAAGAGAAGAUGGAGCUCCAGGAGAUGCAGCUGAAGGAGGCCAAACACAUUGCAGAGGAGGCCGACCGCAAGUACGAGGAGGUCGCCCGAAAACUGGUGAUCCUGGAGGGAGAUCUGGAGCGCUCAGAGGAGAGGGCAGAGGUCGCUGAGAGCAAAUGUGGGGACCUUGAGGAAGAGCUGAAAAUUGUCACCAACAACCUCAAGUCCCUGGAGGCCCAGGCCGACAAGUACUCCACCAAGGAAGAUAAGUACGAGGAAGAGAUCAGGCUGCUGACAGACAAGCUCAAGGAGGCUGAGACCAGAGCGGAGUUUGCCGAGAGGUCUGUGGCGAAAUUGGAGAAAACCAUUGAUGACCUGGAAGACGAGGUCUAUGCUCAGAAGAUGAAGUACAAAGCCAUCAGCGAGGAGCUGGACAAUGCCUUGAACGACAUCACCUCCCUCUGAGACCCCCCACCCCACGGCUGCAGCACCCCCUCCCCACUUUAUCCUCCUCUCUGUCCGUCUGUCUGUCUUGCUGUCCUGCCCCACUGCCCCCCAUGGCUGCUGUCCUUCUUGCACCAAUCCCCCUUCCUCUCCUUGUCCCCCUUCCUUUGGCCAUAAGACCCCCAAGUGCUUCGUUCUGGAGCUGUGGGGGCCUAGUCUUAUCCAGGCUGGGGGCCCCUGGAAGUUUCCUGUCCCCCCAAUUUGGGGAGGGGUGUUUUCCAUGCCGCAGGUGCCUUUGUCGGUGGACGGCUGAACUGGGGGGCUGCCAGCAUUUGCCCUUGGGGGGUGGUCUUGGAGGGUUGGGGGUCCAGGGACGGCCCAGCUUAGACUCCGGCCCCUGCUGUGCCCUACCGCCCGUCCAUCCGUCUGUCUGUCCAUCUGUCUGUCCUUCCACUGUGCAUUUCAUGAUUCUGUUCUUGUCUCUUCAGACUCUGGUUCAAUAAACGGUCUUUGCAAACAG